CGGAAGAAGCUAAAGAAGGCUAACUGAGGGAGAUAUUUAGGCACUGUAGGAUUUCCCUCAGUGUGAGUGCAGUGUGCUGGGUGUGGAGGAAGCGUGCAGCUGUGUUUCUAACUCCACCUUAGUGUUUUGCAUGAGCGUUUAAACAUUAAAUAGGUGCAGACUACGUUCUAAGCUGUAAAACAAUGAUCUCGGUUUCUCUGUGUAUUGCUUUAUGGAUGGCUGGUGGGUUUUUUAAGCAAGGAACAAGUGCUGUGCAGAUCAGUAGACCGCUGAGGUUAGCCAAGAUUGUAGGCUUCUCCUGGGAGAACUGCGGACAGUCUGAUGAUCCAGCUGUUAUGAAGAAUCUCGAUUUGUCUCCAGAUCCCAUUAACAUUCCAGGAGAUUUGACAGCAAGUGCAUCUGGGACCACCUCAGUGGCUCUGGUGGCCCCUCUCUCUCUAAAUGUUACUCUGGAGAAAGAGGUGGCUGGUUUCUGGGUCAAGAUCCCAUGUUUGGAUGAGCUCGGGAGCUGCCACUAUGAGGAUAUCUGUGAUAUACUGGACCAACUCAUUCCUCCAGGUCAGGACUGUCCUGAGCCUCUGCGCACAUACGGCCUUCCCUGUCACUGCCCCUUCAAAGCAGGUGACUACUCUCUACCUCAGACUGUUUUCUCCCUGCCAAAAGUGGACCUUCCUGUCUGGCUGACGAAUGGUCAGUACCGUGUCCAGGGGGUGCUAGGAAACUCGGGCAAAGAGCUUGGAUGCCUUAAAGUUGCCCUCACUCUCCACGCAGACUAGCUAGCAGAACACAGACGUGGUGUGGUUCCCUUUAUCACACAAUGCAUUCAUUCUGUUCAUCAGCGGUGCAAUUUAGAAACCUACUGAAUGGGGAAUUUGCUGAUAGGAAUAUCCUGUUUUUCCUUUGAAUUGUGAUCAGUAGAAAUAUCAAAUUUAACUUAGUUUUAUCAAUUCUGAGCCUCUUUUUGAUCUAAAAUGAUUUUGUAUUUAUGACUUACUGGAUAAAUAAUGGACCAGUGAAAAGGUACUGCAUUCUAAAUACUGUUUAGGAGUUAACGUGAUUUUAAGAUUGAAUUUUAAUGGAAUCAAAGAAACAAUCAUUUUUAUUAUUUGUUAAUGUCAUUCAGUCAUCUUGUAUGUUUUUAAAUUGAUUUAUUAUUAAUAAUACUUGGUUAUAUUUAAUAUAUUUACUGUUUAGUGUAAUCAUGGAGGGACCAAAAAUGGUUGCCAGAAGGUUUCUACUUGCAUGAUGUCAGUCUUGUGAUGAGGAACAUUUUGAUGCUAUCGGAGUUGUUCAACUCUGGGCUUUUGCCAAAAAUGCUUUGGAUAAAUCAACUUUUAAAUGAAAUGUUUUAUCAGUGAAAAAUUGUCAGGGAUUUGUCACAGUGCUUCAUUAAAAUUGUUUAAUGUAACA